UCAUAGAAAUAAACACAAUUUGUAAAGCAACAUGACGUCUGCUUAAAAUGUAAUUUUCUCCAUUUUCUUCUUUUUUUUUUUUUUUUUAAAUGACACAUUGGCGUGUGGACGCAACAGAACUCAAACAGCUAGACUUUGGAAAUUUGGGAGUUUACGUCGAGGUUGCUGCCCAGAUGUCGUGCGUGUUGGUUAGUGGUUCUGGAGCCCGGGUCUCUCUGGAGGACGGACGAGCAGUUGUGUUGGGUCGGGGUCCAGACACCGCAGUCGCCGAUAAAAAGUGCUCCAGACACCAAGUGAAGGUGGUGGCAUGCUUUGCAGACCAGCAUGUGGUUGUCACUCAGCUGGGUCCCAAUCCCAGUUUCCUGGAGGGUGAAAAGCUAGGUCGUGGCCAGUCUGGGAAACUCAGUCAUGGUGGCACUAUCUACCUCGUCAACCAGGAAUAUCCAUUUCAAGUUUACUUUACCCCAAGCUCAGACAUAGGUGCUUCCAGUGCUGCACAUAAAGGGCAUAGAGAUACAAACAAAACAAAAGGCGGCAAAAACGGGAGUCAAAAGCAAGCACCUUGGAGUCCGCCAAAGCGCAGUAUCAAAGAUUUCUUUGCUAAAUCUCCUGUGAAGUUGUCAAAAAGGCCGUUGAGCUCAGAGAGGGAGAGCCCUGAUGCCAAGCGCUCCAGAGGAGAUGAGGCGUCCUCAGAUAGCUGGAAUAAAGAGGCAGAGGAGGAAGAUGAGAAGCUUGUAGAGGAAAAGCUCAGGCAGCUUAAGAAAUUGGCAGAAAAGUCUAAGAGCUGUGACAACAGUACCCAGCCGGCAUCUUCGUGGUCGUCGUCUUCCUCCGCCUGCGUUAAGAGUGUGUGGCAGCAGAUUGGCAACCUCAUGCUCUAUACGGCUGCUGGCGUUAGAGCAAGUGACAAGAUUGCUGGCUUUGACAUAGAUGGCUGCAUCAUCACCACAAAGUCUGGCAAAGUUUUUCCAACAGCACCGGAUGACUGGAAGAUUCUCUACCCUGAGAUUCAGCCUCGGCUUGCCAGCUUGAUGAAAAAAGGAUACAAGGUGGUGUUCUUUACCAACCAGAUGGGAAUCGCUCGAGGAAAACUGAGACCAGAAGUCUUCAAAUCGAAAGUGGAAGACAUCCUUGCCACACUGCAGCUACCGGUGCAAGUGUUUAUAGCAGCUGGACCCGGAAUCUACAGGAAACCAACGAUGGGAAUGUGGAAUCACUUGUGUGAAAAGGCCAAUGAUGGUGUUCCUGUUGACAACACUCAGAGUUUUUAUGUUGGAGAUGCUGCAGGUCGGCCUGAGAACUGGGCACCAGGGAAGAAGAAGAAGGACUUCUCCUGCAGUGACCGACUGUUUGCGCUGAAUUUAGGCUUACAGUUCCACACUCCAGAGGAGUACUUCCUGGGCUGGAAAAGCGCUCCCUACAGCCUGCCACAAUUUGACCCAAGGAAACUUGACUCCACCGCCCAACUGUAUGACCCGCCGUCUGCCUCUCUCACCUCCAACCAGACCGAAGUCAUCGUGGCAGUGGGCUUCCCCGCAUCGGGCAAGUCCACAUUCUUCCACGCACACAUCAUCCCCAAGGGUUAUGUGUACGUCAACAGGGACACGCUGGGUUCAUGGCAGAGUUGUGUGGCCGCAUGUGAGCGAGCUCUGAAAGAGGGUCGCAGCGUCGCCGUAGACAACACCAACCCUGACACCGAGUCCCGUAAACGUUACUUAGACGUUGCCAAAGCAGCGGGCGUGACCUGCCGCUGUUUCCUCUUCUCCGCCACUAUUGAACAAGCCAAACACAACAACAGAUUCCGUGAGAUGACGCCGUCCGACAGCAAGCACAUGAAGGUCAACGACAUGAUUUUCCAAAGCUAUAAGAAACACUUUGUGGCUCCUGCUCUCUCAGAGGGAUUCUCUGAGAUUCUCAGCAUCCACUUUGUUCCUAGUUUUAAAGACAGCCAGUCAGAAAGAUUGUUCAGACAGUUCACAGAGGGAUAACAGUCGCACAUAAAUAUUCCAAGUAAUUGUGCAAGGAAAAGACAGUCAACAAAUCAUGUCAUUGCAGAUGUAAUGCUAGAAGAGUUGUAAGGUUCCAUCCAAUCCAGAAGAUGGCAUUGUGUUGAAAAAAACAUUUCACAGUGCUUUUAUUGAAUAGUCACGUUAUUGUGUAUGAAGUAAACCAAGUUUAUUAAUAACCUCCAUCUUUUUGAGGGUCACCAAUUUUAAUGAAAAUGAUUAUAAAACACCCAAUUUUACACGCAGGCUUAGGAGCAAACGUGUAAAUAAAACACUUUAGAGGUUUAGAUCAUUAAUGGGGAUUACAGGGCUUUAACAGGGACCCCUACCUUUCUGUGCCCCCCUGCUUCAGGACUCAGUCCUCUCAGCUGACUCGGCUUUGCUCCACACUGGGAAGGAGUUUCGAAAAAGUUUGGUCAGCAUACAACGCAGCAAACCAUUAGAAGUGCAGAUAUUUCUUUUUUUUUUUAAUUGGAAAUGAAUACCUUCAUUUUCAAGUCUCUGUGUGGAUCAUGUUGGUGGAUGUCCAUUACAGGACCUGCUCACCACUAAAGCUUUACACUUGGACCAAUUCUGCAACAUUUCCUGGCGGACACAUGGAGCGUCUCCUGGUUUCCUAACAGAGGAGCAGCACACCAAAGAUGUCUGAUCUCAGCCAAGUAGUCGUGGACUCUCCUGACGGCUCAGACAUCUACAAGGUGACAGCUGUUGACAGUGAUGGGUGAUAGUCCAGUUAUUUGCUAACAUGUGUGAAUCAUCACAAUAAAAUGUCACAUUAGUCAGGUAUCAAAGCAGAUUAAUCACGCAAUUGGUGUAAAUUUCGUUUUAAAAUAUCCCUCUUUGGGACUUUGGAUAAAACUUUGUUUUCAGCAAAAAAACAUUAAAAAUAAAUAUUUUCUAAUUAUAAAA